GUGUGUGUAUGUGUUCUCCCUGGGUGCGGUCCCAGCUCUGCGCAGAUAUAUGGCACAGCAGAUCUCGAGUGAACCACCCAGUGACCACAGACUUCGAUAAGGUAUGAAGGCAGCCGGCCAGGUUUAUUGCCAAAUGAGAAACAGUCUCCAGCUCCCCAGAUCAGAUAUCUACAGUUCUGCUAGUACAGGGGUUCUCAAACUGGGGGUUGGGACCCCUUGGGGGUUGUGAGGUUAUUACAUGGGAGGGUCACGAGCUGUCAGCCUUCACCCCAAACUCUGCUUUGCCUCCAGCAUUUAUAAUAGUGUUAAAUAUAUAAAAAAGUGUUUUUAAUUUAUAAAGGGGGUUGCACUCAGAGGUUUGCUAUGUGAAAGGGGUCACCACUACAAAAAUUUGAGAACCAGGGCUAGUACAUAUGUGCUCUCUGACAAUGGACCAGCUCAGUCAGUGGCAGGAUUUACCACUGCCGCCUAGGCCAGACAAAGGCACCUCCUCAGGGGUGCAUUCUUAUACACAAGUACAAACAAGUUACACAUCACUCCUGAUGUAUUGAGGUACAACCCCUCUAUGCGUUAGGGUGCCACCUCUCACCUGGUACAUGUUGGUUUGGACAAAACAACACUAUCCAUCAUAUCCUUUUGACCCUGUCUUUGGGAUGAGUCAGCAUGUUCCUUGUUAUCUGUGUGGAAUGUACUAGUAUCAGUGGUCGUGGUGCCAUCCUGGCACAUGUUUAUAUCUCUAGUGUCCAGUACCUUUUAGGUAUGUGUAUUUUUGCAACAUCAGCCCUUUCCUUGCCAGACUAUGAGUAGGGCCUGCCUCUUGCUCACAGCUUAACUUUGCUUUAUGUUAAAGUCUUGACCAUUACUUUAGUUCAGGCCUUAGGCUUCAUACUGGGCCUCUGAAAAAGGGUUUAUGUUUCAGGGCCUCCUCUUACUAUAUUAUGCACCCCUCAGCUAGCACAUAGUCAUGCAGAAGGUGCAGCCUGGAUGAUUUUGGAGGCUGGGAUGCCAGAAGGUUCCCCAUCCCCGAGCAGUAGCUCUGCAACAAACUCACAUUGCCCCCCUCUGCAGUGGGACCGGGACCCUGUGAAGACAGUGGAGUUACCCUGUGUAUAACCAGUUCCACCCAAAGCCUGUUGAAGUAAGUGGGAGUCUUUUAAUUCAUUUGUCAUGGGCUGCAUAUAGAGUCUAGAAUGAGGUCCUUUGCUUCUAGGAGCACAGUGCAUUCUAAAACUAUGCUGCACUGGUUUACUAUUGUAAACAGGAGGGUCUCCCAUGACCUACUGAAUAAUCAACACCCCCAGUCUGAAAAUAUCAGGUGGUAUGGUUACAAGAUGUGCACAGAAUGCAGGCCUGCUUCCUGCAUCGUUGCAAAACUGCAGUAAAGUGGAACAAUUUUCAGUUUGUGUGAUUAGAGGAUAUCUGGAUCCAUAUUGUAAGGCUGUCCCACAUAAUGAGGAAAAGUUGAGGUGCUUUGCUGUUCUUUUGUUCCACUCUUAGUUUCUGUGGAGAACUUGCCAAUGCAAUAUUACUGUCAUCUUUUUAUGGGAAAUCAAACUAAACAAAAUGGUAAUGAUUGUUGAAAAUAGCAAUUCUGGUCCUAGUUAGCAUUGGGAAGAGGCCAGCAUUUGUUAGUAAAUUUUAGCUUACUUUUUCUACAGCAAAUUAUAGUGGAGACUUGGGAGAAAUGAAGUAACAGAGAGUGGCCCAAACUGAACCUUAGUAUUCCUGAACUUUGAGGAUGUUCAAAUCUGGAAGGCAGGUGCUAGAUUCCCUUUCUGAAUAUUAGGCAAAUCUGGAAGAGAAGCUCAGAAAUGGAAAUUGAGUCACAUCCUCGUGCAUGCCUGGUACCUAAAGCUGCCCAGGUCCUCAAGUAGAACCUCUCUUUCCUUUCUUACUAUUUUAACUUCUCCUGGUGGGGUCCACAUACCUCUGACUCUUGCUAGGCUUCAGGUAAAGAUGCAUUGUCUAUUCAUUCCACCCAAUUCCUUCGCUGGGGGCUGCCAGCCAAGGCCACCACUAUUGCUAAUCCAGUUCGGGGAAGUCUCCUGAGAGCGAUAGCUGGGCCGACGCCUUGGGCAUACGUGUUCCCCACUCACCGCACCACUGCCCGCUUCUAGCGGCCGGCUCCCCACUCACCGCAAGCUCAGGGCGUCAGGUCGCACCAGCCGGGCAGCUACCCCUCCCUUUCCGGUUGGUAGCAGCCAAGGGCAUGCUGGGAGAUGUAGUUCCUUUUCUGCUCCGGGGCGGCUCGCCAAAGAGCUGCGGGGUCCCUCGGCCUCCGGCCUGGAUCCAUGCGGGCAGGGGCGAGCGCUGGAGCGCUGGUGCCCGUCUGGGGCCGCGGCGGGGGUGCAAUGUCUCAUACCGGGGGGGGCCUCCGGCCCCAGGGCUGCCCGGGAAGGGUUUGCUCUGGGGCUGUGUAACCGGGGUACCGCCCCUCGCCCGCUGCCAGGGAGCUGUAGGUCUUCGCGGGCCCGCGGCUGGCGCGAGCCCCCCUCCCAGCAGCGCUCCUGGGCGAGCCCCGCGCGAACAGCCACGUCCGGGUCAACCUCACAGUCUCCGGCACGGGAUGGACUUUUGCGCAUGCGCUCUCCUCUACCCCCGCCCCUAGAGCGCGCCGGCUCGCAAACGUCCUCGUGCGCGGGGGGCUCCGGCCGUAGCGGCGGAAACCAACCUCCUGAUAGGUCGCGGGCGAAGCUCGCCUUGGGGCCCGGGCUCUGCUUCCGGAGCAGCCGGGAGCUCGGCAGGCCCGGAAGCUGAUGUGGCAGCAGUAGCCAUGUGGUCAGCUGAUGAAGUUGCUGGUCUGUGCUACACACAUUAUAGCACCAAGCUUCCUAAGCAGGGGAAGCCGGAUCCUAACCGGGAGUGGACUUUACUGGCAGCUGUGGUUAAAGUGGAGUCUGCACCUGAAAGAGAGGCUUGCCUUAAUGUUGGGAAUCUACAGGUAACUAAGGAAGUUGUUGCUAUGGGGACUGGAACUAAGUGCAUUGGCCAUACAAGAAUGAGAAAAACUGGGGAUAUUCUCAACGACAGUCAUGCUGAAGUCAUUGCCAAGAGGAGUUUCCAAAGGUAUCUCGUCCACCAGCUGUGGCUGGCAGCCUCACACCAACAGGGCAGCAUCUUCAGCCCAGGGACUGAGAUUGGGAAAUGGAAACUCAAACCACACAUCACCUUUAUUUUUUUCUGCAGCCAUACCCCCUGUGGAGAUGCCUCCAUUAUUCCAAUGACCAAACCAGAGGACCAGCCUUGUGAGCUGGUUAGUAGAAAAGAUCCAACAAGGCAUUCAGCAGGUUGCAGUGGCAACCAUGAUCCUGUGGGUCCAGAAAAUAAAAGGAAAACAGAGGAAACUGCAAGUGAUCAUGUGACCAAGAGAAUGAAAACUGUCAUCAGUGAUUCUACAUGUGAGGUCACUGAGAGAAUAACUGCUCAGUAUGUUCCUGGCAAUCAACAAAACAUACAAGACACAAAUAUCAGCUGCUCUGAAUUUAUUACAGAUGGACAAAGAGAGAUCUUAACGUGUGCUAAGGAGACCGGACUAAUAGGAGCCAAAGUGAUGGAUGUUUAUAGAACCGGAGCAAAGUGUGUGCUGGGAGAGAGGGAUGAUGCUCGGAGACCUGGGGUAGAAUAUCAUCAUGUUGGGUUACUACGAGUGAAGCCAGGCCGUGGAGACAGGACCUGCUCCAUGUCCUGCAGUGAUAAAUUAGCUCGCUGGAAUGUACUGGGCUGUCAAGGAGCCCUCCUGAUGCAUUUCCUACAGCACCCGAUGUAUUUCUCAGCAGUUGUAGUGGGGAAAUGCCCAUAUAGCCAAGAGGUCAUGCGGAGAGCAGUUAUUGAAAGGUGUCAGCACAUCUCAUUUUUACCUGAUGGUUUCCAUGUUCAGGAGGUGAAAAUGUUGCAGUCAAAUCUUCAGUUUAAACAUAGCCGCCAUGCAAUUCAGACAGGUCAUGCUAAUGGCAAAGCAAAGCUUGUUCCUUGUGGUGCAGCUAUCAGCUGGAGUGCUGUCCCUGAGCAACCUCUAGAUGUCACCUCAAAUGGCUUCAAGCAAGGAACAACAAAGAAAGGAAUCGGAAGUCGCCAGACCAGUGAGAGGAACCAGCCAGAGACACUAGCCCAUGGGAGCAGAACCAGGAACCUUUUGGACCUAUGGAUCCUUAGAUCUUUCUGCAAUUUUCAUUGGACUCUUCCUGCUCUGUGCUGAUUGGCUGCUUGUUCCAUCCCUCCCUCAGUCUCCUCACCUCAUCUUCACUCUACAUCUGACCCUCUUCUCCCCUGCCCUGUCCCCCUCAUUCCCCUUCCCUUUUCUUUCCCUUUAGCUUAUCUCCUCUUAAGUAGCCCCCCAUCUGCCUUCCUCCCCGUUCCUCCCCAAAAGUGGAACUAGCAUGCUGUUUGCUGUCAUCACAUUGCUCACUCUGCUGGUGUGUUCUAUUCCUUCCCCCACCUGUGUCUGUCUGGUCUAGUUACACUGUAAGUUCUUCAGGGCAGGGACUGUCUGCUGCUCUGUAUUUGUACAGCGCCUGGCCCUGUUCUUGGUGGGCCCUUAGGCACUGCCAUAAUAAACAUGUUAAAUAAUAAUACCUGCUCCUAGAACUGUGGAUAAGUGCACUUUAUAUAAUUGCAAUAAAGUCAGACCAGAGAGACCAAGAACUGGAUGGACUAUGGAGGUUGAAUUAACCUCUCAUCCUGAACAGGUGAGCUGAUGGAUGGUGUGAGGGAAGCUUACAAGACUGUGCUCCAUACUAUAUCUGUUCUGUGGCUAAGUAGGACUCUCUUCAUUUGCACUAAUUUAACACAUUUGAAAAAAAAAAAAAUCCGGUGUUGAUCGACCUGCAAAGGGGUGUAUAUCCUUUUCUUUCUUUGUGACUAAAGCUCAAAAGUUUAUUUUCUAACGUAAAGGCUUAGUUUGUUACAUUAAAAAUUCAUGUCUUGUCUACUGUUUUUCCUGGAAGACUUUAUGGAUCGCUAUUAUUGCUAAAAUUAUAUAAUUGGCUCUUUAUGACAUUUAAGAUUACGACAUAACAGAUAGCAAGGAAAUGAAACCUGAUUAACUGAAGGAGGAAGCAGUUUUAUACAGUCUUUUUUGGCUUUUGUUAAUAAAAAUUAACCAAACCACUAAACAUAAUAAAAUAUCUUUGUUAAAGGCUCAAUAUUCUAAGCAUUCAUUUAAGGCUGAAGGCACUCCCCAUUCUACUUUCCUGGGUUCUCCAAAAAGUCUUCUGGCAAAAACAGGGAAGAGAAGACUUGAUAUUCCUGCUAUUUCUAAGGUUAAAAAAUUGUCAGGAAAAAAACUAUUUAACAAACUCCACCAUCUAGGCCUUCCUUAUAAAUCAUCAUUUUCAAAUGGCACUCACUUUCCUUACUUACUGAUGGGCCUUUUGAUGUCGCACCACUAUACCGUCCGAGUGCCUCGCAGCCAGUAAUGAGUGUGUCUGCCUGGCACCCCUGUGAGGCAGGGCAGGAUUUUUAUCCCCUUCCCCUUUGCCCCCAUCUGUCUUAUUGAGGGUUUUUAUUCACGAUAAAUAAUGUAAUUGUUGGCACUUCUGUCAAAGUCUUGUGGGUUGUUCUCUUGCUUCAUGUUUGGUGCUGAGCCCCUCGUUUCUGAGAUGGAUGUGGGCUGGCAGGGGCACAGUCUCUUGCACAGGAUGCUGUGGGGAUAUUGAAAUGUCCCCUCUGCAGUCUGCCAUAGUACUGGCUAGGAUGGCUUUACAGCUUGCUUCUUGGACAAUGUAGCUCUUUAUCAGUGUAUCACUUCAAGUGAAGGGAAAGGAGAGUGGGGAGCUCGGAUGGAGCAGCAGAAGUUAAAUCACUACGGAUCCCUUUACAUCAUUCAAGAAAUUAACAAAGGGUCUUUGUCUGAGCUGUGCUAAUGUGAAUUGUAAAGGUAAGCAUACCAUUCCAGAUUCCCAUGCCACUGCUGAACACAGCCAGAAAGAGAGAGGCCAGAAAACGCUCCUGAUACAAAAUUCUGAUUCACUCUUCUGAAGUAUCCCACUGCUGUCUUUGUCAGUGUACAUUAGCCUACGGCUGUUCUACGGUGAUUCUAUGAAUGAUUACCUCUCCCUUUUGGCUUUCCAUGACCCUUCCUUUCUCAUCAUUUCACUCCUUUCACUUCUCUAGCAAACUCAUUAUUUGAACAUUUAAAACUAUAAUUAGAAAACCAAUUCUAAAUUAUCUCAGAAACCUACAGAACUGUUAAUUGUAGUUGUAUUUUAUCUUUAUGGCCUCUUUCUAAAUAUUUAUAAAAUUACCACCAUUUUGUGGUUUGAACAGGGAAUAACUUUGUAAACGCCCUAAAAAAAUUCAUACAAGAUAGUGUUUAUAAGUAACCAGACUUUUCCAGUAAGUGAAGAUAGUUACUGUCACCUCCACCAGGCGUAGAAUGGAAGCAGGGGACCAUUUUCUCCAACAUAUCAACCUCAUCUGCAAAACUCUUUAAGGUUUUACAAACAAACAAAAGUGCAUUUGUUGAAAAGUUCCUUUCUUGUGUCAUCCUCUCCUUCUCCCUGAGAGCAAUUCUAGAUGUACAAGACUCUGGGAGGUGGCUAGUCAUUUGUAAGAGUAUCCUAGGCAAAGCAUUUAUAAUUGAGGGAAGGAGCAAAUUAUCUAUCAUUGCUGUAGGCCUAAUGAGACAGGUGUCCACAGCAAAACUGCUGUUUUAUUUAUCCUACAGCUGAUGAUUUGAAUUCAGUUUCCUCUUCC